AUGGCUCUCUUCCCGCGCAUCCCAUCCUCAUUCGGUCCCUACCGCUCCGAGCUGGGACCAUUCUUCAACCUCUUCAACGACACCUUCUCCGAGCUCCAGAAGCUGUCUGACAACGCAUCCCGGACCUUUGCGCCCAAGUUCGACGUCAAGGAAGCCAAGGACAGCUACAUCCUCGAGGGCGAGCUGCCCGGCAUCGACCAAAAGGAUGUCAUCAUCGAGUUUGCCGACGAACAGACCCUCACCGUGAAGGGCCGAACCGAGAGCUUUAGAGAAGAAGGCAGCAAACCCAGCGCUACCGCCGGCGGCGAGGGCAAGAAAGAAGAAGCCGCCGCAUCCGGCAGCAAAGAAGUGGCCACCACGGGCUCCAAGGAGGUCGCAAAGUCGGAGCCCCAGCACACUUACUGGGUGUCGGAGCGCAGCGUGGGUGAAUUCGCGCGUUCCUUCUCCUUCCCCAACCCAGUCGACCACGAGAGAGUCAAGGCCAGCAUGAAGAACGGCAUUCUGAGCAUCGUGGUCCCCAAGCUGCAAAAGGCCAAGUCGGCCAAGAGGAUCGAAAUCAGCCAGGAGUAA